GCUGCAGUGAACGCUACUCAGCGGAGCUCUCUGAUUGGUCAACGACUCACUCCCAGACUCCUCCCCCUGGAUCACCGCGACUCAGCUCAGUCAGCAGCCAGCCAGGCGGUCAGGCAGUCUCUCGACGGCAAGUUUUCGGGCAAAUUAUCAAACAAAGGCUCAAGAAGGCCCGAAAAUGAGUCAGUUUAAAGAGCGCUUCGUGACUCUGCUCCAUGAGAAGAACUUUGUGACAGAUCAGUUGGCGACGUUGGAAGAAAAAACGGGAGUGAAGAGAGAAUAUAUCGCCUUGGGUGUUCUGGGCUUGAUCGGGCUGUAUCUUCUGUUUGGUUAUGGAGCCUCACUACUUUGCAACCUGAUUGGUUUUGUCUAUCCAGCAUAUUUCUCCAUCAAGGCCAUCGAGAGCAGCCUUAAGGAGGAUGACACACAGUGGCUGACCUACUGGGUUGUUUACGGACUCUUCAGCAUUGUUGAAGCCUUCUCUGACAUCUUUCUCUUCUGGUUCCCUUUUUACUAUGCUGGCAAGUGUUUGUUCCUGAUUUGGUGUAUGGCUCCAGUGACGUGGAACGGUUCUGACCUCUUGUACAAGCGCUUGAUCCGGCCAUUCUUCUUGAAACACCAGGCUGCCAUGGACACCGUGGUCAGCGAUCUGAGUGCCAAGGCUAAGAACAUAACCGAGACCGUCACAAAGGAGGGUGAGAUACCAACUGUGUACAUCUGUUAGCCGGGCUCUCAUCCACGACAAGAACCAGUGAGAAACAUGGAAAGGCCUGCUGUGUAUGUGACUGACUGGCUGGCUGUCUGACUGAGUGAGUGUAUGUAUGCGUCCUGUUGUUCACCUUUGGUUUGUCCCCCUCUUCCAUGUCAAAGGAUGUUGACCGACCCUUACUUCAUUUGGUGAACUGAAGCUUCACACUCCUCUCAUGAAAACACAUUAAAGAUUGUGCAUCCACAAAUUUACUGUCAUCGGUACUGCUAAGACAAUCGCUUAAAACUGUGACCUUUUCAAUGUGAUCUUUUUUGUGGUAUGACAAAAUACAUUACUAGCAAAAAAGAAUGAUUGCAUACCUAUAAGUUUUAAUACAUAUGUCCAAUUGAGCCAUUUGUGAUGGAAAAGCUAAAGCUAGUGAGGCUGGUUGUUAAAGCAGGCUGCCCUAAAACGCGUUCCUAAACAGCCUUUUUUUAUACAUUGAUAAUCAAAAGUGGAACUUUUAAAUGCCAUUGGUACCUGGUUUCUCUUACUAGCCUUAUUCUCAAAGUGCUAAGCAGAAUUUAAAGUCUGUUUGAGCUAUUGAGAAGGUUCUCAGUCUUUAACAGUAACUGGACAACUUCUGUCUUUUGAUGUCUUAAUUUAUCAACUCAAUAAAACUGGAACCU